AUGGCUGACGAAAAACGUAUUGACGAGCCCAAUGCAGUCGCGCCGGCUUCCGCUGCCGUCGCCGACCCCACGCCGGCAGAUGUUGAGGCCGCCAGGACCAUGUCCCCGACUGCCGACGUUAGCGGCGCAACCAAAAUUCGGGGUGGCGAUGAAGCUCUCGCCAUGGUUGGCGAGCAGCAGCAGAGCUAUGAUCCAGCCGUUGCAGCGCGUGCUGUGCGUAAGAUUGAUUGGUUCCUCAUGCCUGCCAUGAUCUUUGGCUAUGGACUUGUCUACUACGACAAGGCCAUCUUGGGAUCGGCUGUCCUGUUUGGCAUGACGAAGGAUCUCAAACUCUCGAUUGUCGUCGACGCCACCACGACACCUCCCACCAUGGACACGACUCGCAUGUCGUGGGCGACCUCGCUCUUCUACUUUGGCAUGCUCGGUGGCCUGUACCCCAUGACAUAUGCCCUUCAGCGCUUCGACAUUGGUCGCAUCCUCGGAGGCAUCGUCAUUCUCUGGGCCGGCAUUUGCAUGCUGACGGCGGCCGUCGUCGAUUACAAGGGUCUCUACGUUCAGCGCUUCUUCCUUGGCUUUGUCGAGUCCAUUAUACCCACGGGCUUCAUGUGCAUCGUCUCUGGCUACUACACGCAAAAGGAACAAUCCAUGCGCCAGAGCUGGUGGUUUUCCUCCACUGGCCUGUUCACCAUUCUCGGCGGUGCCCUCAACUACGGCUUUGCCCAGAUCACUGGCGGGGCACUCACCCGAUGGCAGUACAUCUACCUCCUCGCGGGAUGCCUCACGUUCCUCUUUGGCAUCUUCUGCUUCUUCAUGCCCAACUCACCUGUCAACGCCUGGUUCCUGACGCCUGAGGAGCGAUUCGUGGCCGUCGAGCGCCUCCGCUACGGCCAGACCGGUGUUCGCUGCACGACCUUCAAGUUCUCCCAGGUCAAGGAGGCCAUCCUCGACAUCAAGGUCUGGCUCGUGGCCAUCAUGAUGGCGUCAGCCUACACCAUGAACGGCGCCGUCUCGGGCUUCGGUCCCCUCAUCGUCUCCACGUUCGGCUGGACCGCCCGCGAGUCCAUCCUGUUCCAGUUCCCGCUCGGCGGCCUCUGCUUCCUCGUCAUUCUCGCCACGGGCUUCGCGGGCUCCCGCUUCCCCAAUAUUCGCAUCUUCAUGCUCAUCGCCUGCUGCCUGCCCGUCAUCGCCGGCUGCGCCAUCAUCUGGAAGUCGGCCUGGUACCACCACGCCCCGGCCCCCGUCAUCGGCUACUCGAUCACGGGCUUCUUCGGCGGCGUCGUCUCCCUCAUCAUCACCGUCGGCAUGUCCAACGUCGCCGGCCACACCAAGAAGAGCUUCAUGGCCGCCACCAUCUUCGUCGCCUACUGCGUCGGCAACAUUGUCGGCCCCCUGCUCGUGCGCUCCCAGAGCAGGCCCGACCACUACCCCGAGCUCUGGACCGGCCUCAUCGUCUGCUACGUCAUCUGCAUCCUCGCCGCCGUCGCCCUGUACUUUGUCCUGCGCAGGGAGAAUGCCAAGCGGGAGGGCCAGGCUGUUGACGAGGAGGAGCGCGCCAAGCUUGCUUUCCAGGACUUGACGGACAAGGAGAACCCGUACUUCCGCUACGUCAUGUGA